UUAGGCUAAAAGCUCUUGUUUCUGACGUCAACUAAUAGCUGAUUUAGCUGCCUAAGAAAUCAUCUUAGCCAACCUCUAUAAAUUCAGCACCACCUCCAUUAUUAUUUUCAUCAAAAUAUCUACCAUAUUUACUCUCUCUCUCUCUCUCUCUCUCUUGCAAGAUGGACAAAAAGCCAUGCAACUCCCAAGAUCCUGAAGUGAGGAAAGGGCCAUGGACUAUGGAAGAAGAUCUCAUUCUCAUCAACUACAUUGCUAAUCAUGGUGAAGGCGUUUGGAAUUCGCUAGCUAAAUCUGCUGGGUUGAAGCGCACGGGGAAGAGCUGCCGACUACGGUGGCUCAACUACCUCCGGCCGGACGUCAGACGGGGAAAUAUCACGCCGGAGGAGCAGCUCUUGAUCAUGGAGCUUCAUGCUAAGUGGGGAAACAGGUGGUCGAAAAUCGCUAAGCAUCUGCCUGGAAGAACCGACAACGAGAUAAAGAACUACUGGAGGACUCGCAUUCAGAAGCAUAUCAAGCAAGCCGAUCAUCAGAGCAGCUUCCCUGCAGCAGCACAAAAUUCGGAGCAUAGCAACGAUUGCACGAACCAUGCGUCUACCUCCAGUUGUUGCCCUACGGAUCAUGCAGUUGAAUCCUACUCUCCCACGACUUCGUUUAAUGGAAACAUGGAAACCACUUUUCAAAGUCCUUUUCCCACCGAAUCACAUGACAACAUUUGGAGCAUGGAGGAUCUUUGGUCCCUGCAGUUACUUAACGGGGACUGAAUUAUAUUAUCAUUAUUAAUUAAUUACUUUGAUUAAUCCUUCCUGGUAAUUAAUCAUCAGUAAUUAUAUUAUUAUUAUUAUUAUUAUUGCUUAAUUAGUUUCUAGCUAUAAGUAUAUCGUGGCUAGUUUUUUAUUUAAGUAUUAUUUCGACUGUAACAUAUACGAUUAUCGCUAUUUAAUAUGUAUGAAUUCGCGUAGUUAUGUGCGGACA